UCAUCCUGCUGAUGGGAAAGCUUGGAAGGACUUUGACCGAAAUAAUCCAACAUUUGCAAUGGAACCCAGGAAUGUGCGGCUUGGAUUGGCUGCAGAUGGAUUCAAUCCCUUUGGUAAUAUGAGUCUGUCUUAUAGUAUGUGGCCAGUAGUGUUGACGACAUAUAACUUGCCACCAUGGUUGUGCAUGAGAGAAACUAAUUUCAUGUUGAGUUUAUUAAUUCCGGGACCUCAUUCGCCAGGAAAAGAUUUUGAUGUUUUCUUAAGACCAUUGAUUGAUGAGUUAAAAGAAUUAUGGGUGACUGGUGUACAGACUCGAGAUGCAGUCGAUGGCAGUUUCUUCACUCUUCGGGCAGCUUUGAUGUGGACUAUAAACGAUUACCCAGCAAGGAGUAGCCUUUCUGGAUGGACUGCUCAAGCGCCUCCAAGUAAACGUGGACGCCAUAAGGGAUUGAACACGCGGGAAAAGAGGGAACAGUUGGGGCGUCCUCUCCCUCUCGAGUGGGAUGUGCGGGGGAGAACAUAUAAAGAGAUCGGAGAGUACAGCUCAAAUUUCUCAAGAGAGCUCGGAUUACUUGUUCGACAGUACACAGAUCCGGACUGUCCUCAAUGGUCAAAAGUACCAAAUGCCUCGAAAGAAAGAAUACUUGCACAUUUGGAAGAUGAUUUGUUUGAUAUUGGGCGUACUAGAUAUGGAGAAGGGCAUAUGCCUGGGAUCUUGAGAGGCAUUGAUACUUCGUGUGCUAAAAAGUAUUCUGACUGGAAGUACGAUAUUAAAGAGCACUUAACGAUUAAUGGGCCACAAAAUCAUUAUGGUGGUUGCACGGAUACGCAGUGGCAAAAAGCAAUUGAUUUUUUCCGUCGCCCAGAAAUUACGAAACGUUCUGUGGUCAACAAGGAAAAUAGAAAGAAAUUGAAAGAGCUUAGCUAUGGAGGUUCUCAGUCAAUCCCAGCCUUACGCUAUAAAAAGCGCAAUUUAGAGACUGGGCAACUUGAGUCCAUCCCGGAUAGCUGGAUGGAUACUCACCAUAAAUCAGGCACAGGGUGGGUGACAGAGACAGCAAAAAAUACUUGGGAGGAAUUGCGUGCAUACCGCGACACACAGCAGACACAGGCAACUGAUACUGAGAGUUCCACACCAGUUUCGAGUGCGCCUGAAGAUGAAGACAUAUCUUUGGUACAAAAUGUCUUCGGAAAACGACGGGGCCACCAGAAAGGAUAUGGACGUAUCCUUAACAUAAGGGACCGAACUCCAUUUGAUUUUCGUCCUUCACAAACUAGAGAUGAAGAGUUGUCUGAGAUGAGAGAGCGUCUUCGACAGUUAGAGGAGCAUGUCCGGACUCAUUGUAUCACCCCGGGAUCUCAAUCUGCCCCACCACCACCACCCGAUGAUCCUGAUGUUGGAGCACCGACUCAGUAGGACUUAUGUAUGAAUUUUAUUACAAUUGACUAUUACAUUAUCAUGUUUAAGACAAGUCUUUAUUUUAAUUCAACGAAUACACUCUUAUGUUUUUUUUUAUAUCUUUAAUAUAAGUGUUUUAAUUUUA